GCAUGGAAGGCGACACCACACACCUCCUCAGGCCCGAGGCCGACCCGGAACCAUGUCCCGGACCCGGGAACAUCCAGUUCGACUCAGCGGAUCUAAGGUCCAAAAGGCCCUUCUGCAUCGAGCCCACGAACAUCAUCCGUGCGAAUGACGUCACCCCGAGGGUCAGCGACGAGGCCUCCGCCAUGAACAAGAGGAUCCAGUACUACAGCCGGCUCACCGGCCCCGCGGACAAGGCUCUGCUCGCGCCGGACCAUGUGGUCCCGGGCCCAGAGGAGUGCUACGUGUACAGCCCCCUGGGCUCCGCCUACAGACUGCAGAGCUACACGGAGGGGCACGGGAAGAACACCAGUGUGGUGACCAUCUUCAUGAUCUGGAACACCAUGCUGGGCACGUCCAUACUGAGCAUCCCGUGGGGCAUCAAGCAGGCCGGAUUCACCGCGGGCGCGUGCGUCAUCCUGCUCAUGGGCCUCCUGACGCUGUACUGCUGCUACCGCGUGGUGGAGUCGCGCGCCCUGAUCGCGUCGGUGGACACGGUGGCCUGGGAGUACCCCGACGUCUGCCGGCACUACUUCGGCUCCUUCGGCCAGUGGUCCAGCCUCCUCUUCUCCCUGGUGUCCCUCAUCGGAGCCAUGGUCGUGUACUGGGUCCUCAUGUCCAACUUCCUCUUCAACACCGGGGAGUUCGUCUUCAACUUCGUCCAUCACAUCAACGACACGGAUUCCGCUCUGAGCACCAAUGACAGCAGCCCGGUGAUCUGCCCAGGGCCGGGGAGCGGCCGCCCGGACAACGGCUCGGGGGCCGUCCACGCCAACAGCACGGAGCUGCAGCUGUUCGACACGUGGUGGGACAAGUCCAGGACGGUGCCCUUCUACCUGGUGGGGCUGCUGCUGCCGCUGCUCAACUUCCGGUCGCCCUCCUUCUUCUCCAAGUUCAACGUCCUAGGCACGGUGUCGGUCCUCUACCUGGUGUUCCUCGUCACCCUGAAGGCGGCUCACCUGGGAUUCCACCUGGAGUUUCACUGGUUCACGCCGACAGAGUUCUUUGUGCCAGAGAUAAGAUUUGCGUUCCCACAGUUGACCGGAAUACUCACCCUUGCUUUCUUUAUUCAUAACUGUGUUAUCACACUCUUAAAGAACAACAGGAACCAGGAGAACAACGUGAGGGACCUGUCCAUCGCCUACCUGCUGGUGACGCUGACCUACCUCUACAUCGGAGUCCUGGUUUACGCCUCGUUUCCUUCGCCGCCGCUCCCCAAAGACUGCAUCGCACAGAACUUCCUGGACAACUUCCCCAGCAGUGACAUCCUGUCCUUCAUCGCGAGGAUCUUCCUGCUGUUCCAGAUGAUGACCGUGUACCCGCUCCUGGGCUACCUGGCGCGCGUCCAGCUGCUGGGCCACGUGUUCGGGGACGUCUACCCCAGCGUCUUCCACGUGCUGGUUCUUAACCUGCUGAUCGUGGGAGCCGGAGUGCUCACGGCCUGCUUCUACCCCAACAUCGGCGGGAUCAUCAGGUACUCGGGCGCGGCCUGCGGCCUGGCCUUCGUCUUCGUCUACCCGGCGCUCACCUACAUCCUCGCCCUCCGCCAGGAGGGCCGGCUGACCUGGCCCAGGCUCCUGGCGCACGUGGCCAUCAUCGUGCUGGGCCUGGCCAACCUGAUCGUCCAGUUUUUCCUGUGACGACGCGCCCGCCGGCCCCGAGAGGCCCCCACGGUGCUCCGCAAUCCGGCAGCAGCCCCACGCGGCUCGCUCGGAAACGCUGCCGUGGCCGCAGCUCCCGCUGCAGCUCCCGCUGCAGCUCCCGACACGCCCCUGGGGAACCGGGAACCGGGGAACCGCGACCCGCCCGCUCCCGAGCAGCUGUGGUCAGGACAGGACAGGGGCGAUGCGAGCCGCCCUGGUCCCCGUCCUUCCGGUGGUCCCUCGCCGCUGCCCCCGUCGCUCCCACUGUCUGCUCCUCUCGGGGCGUCGCCCCCGGAAGAGCGAGCCGUGCUUCGCUCCUCGAGCUGAGGUGGGCGGCGUGUUUGCUGCCAUCAAGAUCCUCAGGGUGUCGCA